CGGACGGAGUUCCAGCCAAUCGAGACGGCGUCGCGCGCACACCAGCAAUUGCACCAAGAACAGCAUGAGCAAGCGCGUCAAGGUGUACCUCCAGCACCAGGAAGCUUUCGAUAGCACGGCCCCCGUCGUCGCGACUUUCCGCAAUGGCCCGCCGCCUCCAAACCAGCGCAAGGACUUGGCCUUUGAGGUGUUUGAGAACCCAGCGAAGAAGCAGCGUUUGGUCAUUGCCAGCUCCGAGAAGGUGGCGUAUCAAGGCGCCAAUUUUGGCUACUUGGGAUCCAGCCAUGACUUCGCCAAUUACGCGGUGGGCGUGUACGACAGGAAGACCAAGGAGGUCCGACUGUGCAAUGUAAACCAGAUCUACGUCAUGCAGCAGGCCAUUAAGAACGCGUCUGAGAAUGUGGACGACAACCGUGGAGAGGAUAAGAACUUCAUGGACCAGCGACGCGAUCUCGUUGAAGUCUUCGGUAGCAAGAAGAGCAAACGUAUGCAGAAGAACCGCGAAGAGAACAUCGUCGACCUCGAAAACAUCAGCGGUGCUGCUUCGGUAUCUCAAACCCUGCAAAAGAAGAUCUCGGCUGCGAAACGCAAGCUCGAGGAGGAACGUGCACAGGACGGAAGCUACAGCAAGGAGGGCGCAGCUCUCGCUGCCACCCGCAACGCUCUCCUGCCGCCAUGCGACGUCGACGCUCCUACACCCGACCGCGUCUACGACCUUACGAAGUUUAUGGAUCACGCUGUAAUGGACUCGUUAACCAUCAUGGCUGAGGAGGUUAUUCAGGCACUGCAGACCACGGGUGUGGCCGAGUAUGCCGCCAGCUUGAACUUGGCGUCGCUGCCUACGCGACUGAUGCUGUCCCUACCUGCGCCGUACGACGUGAACAAAAUGUGCCUCGUCGUGUACCUGGCAUAUAUGAUCGACUUCUACAACUCGCGCUUUCCUCUGCGUAAAUCUGCUGCCGUGUUCAGUGAGGAGAAGGGCAUUCCGCUUGUGAUUGUGCGUCACUUCCUGAAGCUCUUUACGGACAUUAGCGAGGGCAACGGCUACCCGACAUACUUCCAGUCCAAGGCCAUGAAGGACAAACUCAGUCUGCACCUUAUCGUGGUCGCACUCACCGUGAAUGGCUUCACUUUGGAUCUUACAGAGGUUGGCAACGAUCUCAAGAAGUCCUCUAUCCACAUUCAGGCAUAUGCCCGCCAACUUGGCUGUAUUGUCGAAAAGGCGAAGGCGGACACUGCCGUGUACGGCGGUGCGGCGUCGCUGGCUUCCAAGAAGCAGAUUCAACGUGCUGUGCUCUCCGUGCCACUCCACUUCCCGCUCCCGAAGCGUGGAGGCCCAGCUCGCCGAUAAGCAAUCAGCAGCAAAUAGAGUCCGGUUACAGACGUGAGUAAUCUCUAACACAAGAAUACAUAGCUUUACAUGAUCACUAACGCUAUUUCACCCCUUUACAGAAAAAAAAACUCUAAGAAAAAAUGGUAUCGCAGUGUUGCACUUG